AUGGGCUUCAACACUGCGGGGCUGCGGUCGCGGUUCCGUUGCGAUUGCACGUACGCCGCGGUUGGACGGUCCACGGAGGGUGGCUGCUGCUGCCGGUCCGCCAUGAGGCAGACCCAACGAGAUCGCAGCUGUGAUUGCAAAAAGAAUUUUACAAACACCCCUCGCACAACACUGGGCAAAAAGAAAAAAACGACCCCGGCUCUCUACCUGCCGUACUGGGGCUCGCUGCCCGCUGAAGAGCAAGCUGCACCGCGCCACAGCUGGCUAUGCGCGGGCCUGCUGCUCGCCGCCGUCCUCUUUGCCGUCGUCCGCUCGCAGCUCUUCUUCCACAUCGCCGUGACCGCCUCCGACAAGCUGCACCGGUGCGCGCUACAACGCCUCCUUCGCGCGCCGAUGGUCUUUUACGACUCGAACCCGAGCGGCCGGCUGCUCAACCGCUUCUCAAAGGACAUCGAGUUUUGCGACUCGAUGCUCCCGCAGACCUUCCACGACACGAUGCAGUGCGUGCUGAUGGUGACCGCGUCGGUCGGGCUCUGCAUCGCCCUGGCGCCGUGGGCACUCAUCGCGCUGCCGCCCCUCCUCUGCUACUUUCGCUGGCACCUCGAGGCCUAG